CUUGAAGUUAAAUUCUUGUUGUUUGGACCUCAAACCUAUCCAGCUCCAUCAUGGUGCGCAAAGUGGCAGUCAUCGGCGCAGGGCCAUCUGGUCUGAGCGCAGUCAAGGCUUGUCUGGAAGAAGACAUGCAGCCGACUUGUUUCGAGAGUAGCGAUGACCUUGGAGGACUAUGGAAGUUCAAGGAGGUCUCCGAGCCGGACCGAGCCAGCAUCUACCGCUCUCUCACCAUCAACAUCUCCAAGGAGAUGAUGUGCUACAGCGAUUUUCCCAUCCCAGCCGACUUCCCCAACUACAUGCACCACUCCAAGAUCCUGAACUACUUCCGCAUGUACGCCGAGCACUUUAAACUGCUUAAAUACAUUCGCUACCUGACUUUAGUGAAGAGCGUCAAGCCCUGUUCCGAUUACACCCGGACGGGCAAGUGGGAGGUAGUGACAGAGGAAAAGGACGGGAAGGUAGAAACGCACGUGUUUGAUGCUGUCAUCUGCUGCUCGGGACACUACACCUAUCCGAACCUGCCACUCAAGGACUUUCCAGGACUGGAUACGUUCCAGGGCCAGUACUUCCACAGCUGGGAUUACAAGGGCCCCGAGGGCAUGCCUGGCAAGCGCGUGGUGGUCGUGGGUAUCGGUAACUCAGGUAGCGACAUCGCUGUGGAGAGCAGCAAGUUCGCCGAGCAGGUGUACAUGAGCACCCGGCGCGGAGCUUGGGUGAUCCGCCAGGUGUCCGACGACGGCCUGCCGGUGGACAUGAAGUAUAACACGCGCUUCGUGCACAUACUAUUCCAGCUCUUCCCAAUCAACUUCCUCAACUGGCUCGGCGAGAAGACAUUAAAUGCAAUGUAUGACCACACCAUGUAUGCCCUCAAGCCCAAACACAGGCUUUUCAGUCAGAUCCCAGUGAUCAAUGAUGACCUGCCGUUCAGGAUUCUGUCUGGCGCAGUGAAAAUCAAACCUAACGUGAAGGAGAUCCGCGGCUCCUCUGUCAUCUUUGAGGAUGGCAGCGUUGCGGAGAAGGUGGAUACCAUUGUGUUCGCCACGGGUUACAAUUACGACUUUCCAUACUUGCCUGCUAACACGCUGUACAAAUCGGGACACCGCGUGGGCCUGUACAAGCACGUAUUCCCUCCUAAUAUGGAGCAUUCAACCCUGGCAGUGGUAGGCUUCAUUCAUGCCCUGGGAGCUAUUAUGCCGCAAGCCGAGAUGCAGGCGCGCUGGGUCGCGCAGGUCUUUAAAGGAAAAAAGAAGCUGCCAUCAAACCAGGCCAUGAUGAAGGCAGUGGAACAGGACACCAAACAGAUGGAGAAAAGCUACAUCGUGUCCAAGCUGGCACCUCUUCAGGUGGACUUUGUGUCCUACAUGGACGAUUUGGCGGGCGAGAUCGGUGCCAGGCCCAGCCUCCUUUGGCUGCUCCUCACUGACUACGCGCUGUUCAAGGAGGUCCUGUGGGGGCCCGUCACCGCCUACCAGUACCGCCUGAUGGGCCCGAGCAAGUGGGAUGGUGCCAGGCGGGCCAUCCUCACCCAGUUCCAGCGUAUGUUUCAACCCCUGAAGACCAGAAAGGUGGAGGAACCAAACGGCAUGAGCCCGGGUGGCCUGUUAAAGCUGAGUCUGACACUGGCGGCCGGAGGGGCGGUGGUCUAUUAUGUGCACGUUCGAGAGCCCACCCUCUUCCCUAACCUUGUGUCCAAAGUUUUCGCCCAAAGAGUGUGAACUACAAACAACCUUAAUGCCACUCUCAAUAAUGAGAUAUCAUCUUAGUUUGUUUUUUUUGUCCCAGAUUGAUUUGAUAGGAUAUACAUCAACUUAAUGGUGGAGGUUUUGAUAUGAUUGGUCUUGUCCUUAUAUCACAAAACCUUUUUUAGUUUAUUUCUAUCCACCAUAUGCAGUAUACAUUAUAUGCCUGUAGUAGGUAUGGUCGGGUCUUCCGGUAUGUGGACACAUGGCAUAAAAUACUACAUGAUGCAAUAGUCUUUAUUAUACUGUGCCCCACAAGUAUUGUUACAGCUUUUAAUAAAAAAAGGACUGCUGAGCGAUUUCAUUUGGUGCAAGUCUAGAAUUUAUUUGAUUUUCUAUGUAAAAAAAAAUCUUUUCAUCUGAAAAUUUUUCUCAUGCUUUCCCUCAGAAACAAACAGCUAUAACC